AUGGAUAUUGUACUGACUACAGAGGAAUACAAGUAUGUGCUCGUAGAGGUAUGUCAACAGAAACCUGGUGAAAGGGCAACCGAUGAGGAAACCCAGGCUUACCGGAAGUGGAUUAAGGCUGAUGAGAUGGUGCAGUGUUACAUUUUGGCAUCUAUGUCGAAUAUUCUACAACAGCAGCAUCAUUCUAUGCCUUCUGCCUAUGAUAAAAUGCAAAACCUCAAAGAAAUGCUUGCGGAUCAAAAUCAUGCUACUAGGCAGACUACCAUAAAGGAACUUAUGAAUACAACUAUCGCAAAAGGGAGGCCAGUAAGGGAUCAUUUUCUGAAUAUAAUUGGUCUUCUCAAUGAGUUAGAGAUCCUUGGAGCUAAAAUCAAAGGGGAAACCCAUGUUGAUAUCGUUCUCCAGUCGCUGCCUGACUUUUUCAAGCAGUUUUUCCUGAACUACAACAUGAAUAAGCUCUCUUACUCAUUGGGAAAACUACUUAAAGAGCUUCAAGCAGUUGAAGGCCUUAUUAGGAAGCUAACUAUUGCUCUUGUGACUGAGAAAGGUUCUUUUUCUAGGCCAAAAGAAGCAAAAAAAGGUUCAGAAACCACAGGGAGCUCCUCCAAUAGUGCUUGGGCCGCAAGAUGGAGUGAAAAAGCCUAA